UCGUGUAGUCCGUACCUGUAACGGAUAAUUCAAAGUUGGUGAAUUAUCUGUGUUUCGAAUGCGACGGGUAUAGGUUAUGCACCAAGUUCAAAUAUUUAGUAUUGAUGGUAUUGAUGGUGUUUUGUCAUUUUGAUGUUAUGUGGUCAUGUUAUUGGUAAUUUGGGAUUAAAGUCUUCCAUGGUAUACCAUAUAAGAAGUGUAUAAUGUAAAUUAUACAGACUAUAACCAGGUUCCAAUUUUCCGCUAUUUUAAGUGAAGUACAAUGGAUGAUGAUCACAUGUCUGUGAAAGACUUUUUUGUGGAGCCACAGAAAGGAUUUUGGUUGAGAAAACGUAAAAGAAGAAAUAGUGAUGCUGUCAGUGUGUGUUCAUUGGACAUGCCUUUGGGUCCUGAGCCAGAGAACAAGAGGAAACGAGGGUUAUCAAAAGUGGUUUCCCUAGCUAACCUCUUGUCCACGCCAAUGCGGCCUGUGAGAAAAAUUGGUGCCUCUCUUCAGCGUUCUUUCACUGGAGGUCGAGUGGACAUUCCAUCCACUUCUUCUUCACCUGUGUCAUCAUCACCUCGUAAUUUUCUUCAGCGCUCGUGUAGCAUAUUGAGGACUCCUGCCAACAACUCUCAGCAGUUGGCAACACCUCUGUGUGCCAACCAGCGUCUGACACGUUGUUGGAGUCAGGCCAUUGCACAAAAUAAUACCAGGGAGCUUGGUUUGCAGGAAGUUAAACGUCAAGAGGCAAUAUAUGAGCUCUGGAGUGGUGAAGAUGGAAUGGUAGAAGACCUUGAGUUUAUGCAGGAUAAAUACCAGAGCUCCUUGGUGCAGCUUCAUCUUCUUUCAGAAGAGGAAGCACAAUGUGUUUUUGGAGAAAUAGAUGAUUUACUCAGAGUUCAUCGUUCCUUACGUGAUAGUCUCACUGGCCUCCGAGAUUCAGCUGGUAUCACUAAAAGUGUUGGUAAAACGUUACUAAAUUGGAUUCCAGGUCUUAAUUGCUAUGUUGGGUACUGCUCAAAUCAAGUAAGGGCCAGAGCAUUACUGGAAGAGAAAAAUUCUAACAGACGUUUUCAGGAAUUCUUGAAGCGAAGUCUUGAAUCAUCAUGCAGUAGAAAGCUGGACUUAUGGACCUACCUCGAUGUACCACGAUCACGAUUGACAAAGUAUCCUCUGUUAGUUGGUGAGAUACUAAGGCAUACACCAAGCAGCCAUGAGGACAAAAAUCUUCUGUCUAAAGCAAUUUCAGCGCUAACACAAGUGCUACAGCAAUCUGAUGCUGCAAUUGGUGCAGCCAAGUGUAGACUUGUUUGUAGCAGACUACAUUUUCCACAUGAUCAUUCCUUCAUGAAUCUGGUAGAAAAAUCUACAGCAGUUAUUUGUUCUGGAGAACUUAAAGAUAGUCAUGGAACGAAAUUUCAUUGCUUCUUAUUUGAUACAUGUUUUGUGGUGACCCGCAUUUACCGUCCUUCAGUCAAGUUUACUGUCCGUGUUCCUGUGAUACCAGCAGAGCAGAUAAAUGUUGAAGAAGUGGAGCUUACACGAAGAAGCACGGGAUCUCAAACAACUCAGACUGGCCGAUCUGCUUUCCGAGUGGGGUUUAAAGAUACUUCUUUUGGGACUCAUCGCAUCUUUGUUGCUGCUAAUGAGCAUGUAAGAAAGCACUGGAUGGAUUGCAUAAAACAAGUGAUGCCACCACAAGAAAAUGUGAAAACAAAAUGUUCAUCUCCAUCUGAAACUAAGAAAAAGAUUAAAUCUGUUGUGCCUCGUAAGUGUAUGAAUAAAUCUUCAUGGAAUGAAAAUGAUUCCCAGGUUAUUCAUCCAUUCAGACAGCAAAAUAGGAUAAGUAAAAGUAUUACAAAAGAUAACCUUGUUUGACACUAUUCUAAGCAGGUUAUCAGGAAAUUAAUUAUUUUCUUUGAGAAAACCAUCCAGUGAAAUUCAGCAUGUGUGUGUGUCAAGUAUUUUUGCAUAGUAUAUUUAAUAAAGUGCUUAGAUAUAAUUUACAUAUCAUAGAGUUUAUAGAACUUUUACAAAUAUAUGGUUAUUCUUUUGAUAUAAAAUUUUUUAGUGCAUUUACAGUAUUUGUUGAAACAAAUUGAUGAAUUUUUAAAUAAAAAUGUUGCAGAAGAAUGGUGAGUGAACCAGUUUACAGCACUGUAUUGGGCCAAGCUUUAAAUUUAGGCAGUUUAAGACACUGAUGCUAUUAAAACAAAUUUUAAAAUGAUUUGAGGUUUUUAAGCAUUGAAAUAGAUUGUCAAUUUACAUAAUCAGAUUUUUAUCAGGCACCAAAUAGUAUUCCUGGUUGUUCUAGCUUAGAAGUUGUGUACCAAUAAACAAAUUUUAGUGGUAGACCUAGAAUGUAAAAUAUAUGGAAUUGAGUAUAUUUCAGAAAAUGUUAUGUUUGUAAUAUUUACUGACUGUAAGGAUGUUAUGUUUUGGCUGCUGUGUAGUGACUUUCAGAAUUCUGGAAACAGUGUUUGUUAUUGAAAUAAAUGUUUGAGUAGGUCUCAUUUCUUAGAAUAAAUACACAUAUUUAAUGGAAAGGAUAAUACAGCGAGAUAAAUAUAAUGAAGUGUUUAUACAUUGUCAUAUUAAAGGCAUUAUGAAAUAAUAAACAUAUGUGUACUCAUGAAAUUUUGUGUCCAGUAUUUGCUGUUGCAGCAGUGAAUGUAAGUUUUGACACAAACCUAUUAUUAGUGAGGGCACCUUCAUAGUACCCAGGUUCUAAACAUUAUACAUGCAUUGUAAUGUGUCUGCCAUGCGUGGAAACAUUACUGGAAAUAGUUUUCCGAAAGGCUUUUCAGCUGUCAUAACUUUGGCUUGACUUUUUUUAAGGGAUAUUUUACUUUUGGGGACAUGAAAAUAUUACAAGGCCACUUGAUAUGAGCAUAGGAGGUACCUGACACUAUAUGUUUUUUUUUUUUUUUUUUUUUUUUGCCCAGAACUUGCCUACAGAAAGUGCUCUGGGGAAAAAGUCUGUUGUGAGUCUUUCUUGCAGCUGUAAGUGUGGAGAUGAUGUUAUAUGCUUGUUUUUGAGAGACAAAUAUAUAAUAGAUAAUUCUUUUGAAAUGAGAAAGGGCAGAUUGGCGAAGUUUUGAACUUGAUUUUCACAUUUGUACUUUUUUCAGUCUCAGAGACUAUCCUUUUCUUUUUGAGACUGGCAUUUUGUUUCUGACUAGAAGACCAAGGGUCAUUAUAAGUCACUGUUUUGUCCAAAAGUCAUCUUCUGCCAAGAUAUUUCUGAAAGAUGGGAAAAUUUCUUCUCAUUUCUUAUUUGCAUGCUGUUGAGAUUUUCUAUACAAUUUUCAUCUAGGUUUUCUUCCUGUUCCAAGUUUUCGAGCAAAAUGAAUCCCAUAGUCUCCUUCAUGUACAUUUUUUCUGUAUCCUCCAAACAGUCAGUCAGUCAUUUAUUUAUUAUCCAUUUAAUUCACUUUUCCCAUAUUUGGAUUAUUUCCUGAAGUUGUCAGACACCUGAAUUUUUUGUAAUCCGCAGCAUCUUCUCUUCCAUCUUGAAAUUGCCUGUUCAUGCAAAUACCUUUGAUUGCUCUCUCUUCAUAAACUUGCUGAACAUUAUGUGAAUAUCAGUGGCAAUAGCUCUGUUUUCAGUUAAUAAUAUAUAGUUCAUUCUGUAUUCCUACAAUUCUCUGUUAAUUUACACAUGUUUUUGAAAAAUAAGUAUGACACUGCACAGUGUAACACUUAUUGCAACAAGAAAAGGAACUGAGUGCCAACUGUUUGACAAAUAUUGCUGACUAAUGUUUUAUUUAUUUAUUCAUUCUUGGUUUGUUGUAUGAAACCUUAAAUAGCUUCAGUUAUGUAGUGUUUAAUAGCAAUGAUUUGUGCAUAAUUAAUUGGAAAGGAUGUGGAUGGAAGUGAUUGCGGCAUAAUUUGGUGCGCUAUCCUAGCAUUUGCUUGGGAGGACUCAGGAAACUACAGAAAAUCUCAAGCUGUGAUAUCCAGUCUCAAAUCUAAGAUUUGAAUCUACUAAACUGCAGUAGCACAUGUCACCAUGACCUAACAUGAGCCGACCUAAAGAGGGUUGUUAGUUGCAGCAUGAAACCAUAAUUGUGGUUAACUGCCAAGUCUCGUAAAGAAAGAGUACUGAAAAGAAAUAUAACCAGGUGUGGUACAAGGCAUUUAAAACUACUAAAUAUUUUUAGUAGGUUAUUUAAUGAUGCUGUCAGUGUCAAGACUGUGUAGCAUCAAUGACAGGAUGAUUAAUGAAUGUGGAAUAGUUGCUGUAAUGACACUUGGCAAGGAAAAUUGAAGUGCUUGGAGAAAACCCCAGUGCCACUUUGUCACCACAAAUCCCACAUAAUCUGACUUGGGAUUAAACCCAGGCUGCCGCAAUGAGAAGCUGGCAACUAACCACCUGAGUUAAUAGUUUUAAAAAUGGCUGUAAGCUGCUGGAUAAAUUGGGGCUAAAGUGUGUUCUUCCAUGCUCCUGAUAUACAUGAGUCAGUCUCAGUCCCCAUUAACAACAGUGAAAUUCAGUUGUCAAUGUUCAUGUUCUUUGUUGUAAGUAUCCUCAGACAAACAAGAUGUUGAUAAUGAUACCGAAUGUUGGACACAAAGUUUCAGUAUGAGUACUGAUGAAAUUUUAAUUGGAAGGUUAAUUCUGAUAUUUGUGUUUCAGAGAGUCAAAAUAGGUACAAACGUUGCAUCUGCAGUAUUUAUACAGGACAAUAUAAUUUAUAAUGUUGAUUGCACAUUAAAAUUAUCAUUAUUAAAAGUUUAAUUUUAACCAGUUUUGAGGUCUUUGUCAUAAUUACAUUUUACUGUUAUAUGUGAAAUAGACAAGAUACAGUAGAUUUAUAACAGUGAACAGCAGUAGUCUUUAACUAUUUAGUAUUAGUGUUCAGUAUUAAUAAGGUAAGAGGUCUUUCUAUUUUGUCUCACCUGUUUUAUAUACAUGUAGUAGGGGUGGGCAAAUUGCAACCCUAAAGCUUCCUCUGAAAGAAAUCAGCUUUCUCCGCAGCAGCAUUCCGAUAAUAAUGUGGAACUCUUUAAUUGUUUAUGCAUAGCAUGCAUAAAACAUUGUACUCAAAAUAAAUGUAAAAAAUAGAUUUUCACAGAAAAUAAAGUUUUUCUAUUACCUA